GAGGGCCCUGUCGCCGGUCGGCGAUGUCCGGCUGGACCUGUCGCCGCCGCCGCCGCUGCCGGCUGUGAGCGGGUCUCCGGUCGGGUCGUCCGGGCGUCUCAUGGCCGCUAGCAGCUCCCUGGUGCCCGACCGGCUGCGCCUGCCGCUGUGUUUCCUCGGCGUCUUUGUCUGCUAUUUCUACUAUGGGAUACUGCAGGAAAAGAUGAGCUGGGUUUUACAGGCUUAGGUUUCCACGACCUGUGCCGGCCCCUCUUUGGAACUCCCAGAUGCUUGCAGAGAGCUGAUUCCUUUGCCCUCGGCCUUGCUGCUGUAGCUCAUCCCUUUUUCUGUUGCCUGGGGUACUUCCUUUCACCAACUAGUUGUUCGUGUUUUCCUUUAGCUCUGUCCUUUACGGAUAUUUUUCUUGUAGACCUUGGGAUUCGCAGCCUGAAAUGUCAUUUCUAGAUCCAAUAAAAUCAGUUCUUACUGUAAAUGAGCCUGGCAAUCCAUACCAAACUCUCUCUACAUCUGGCAGGAUAGUUUCAAGAGUUCAGAGGCUCUGGAUUAGUAGAUGACACUGAGAGAAGUGUACUAAUUCCUCCCCUCUUUCUCAUGCAUUUCAUUCUUAGAACAAGAGGAAAGUAUGGGGAGGGAGCCAAGCAGGAGACGUUCACUUUUGCCUUAACUUUGGUCUUCAUCCAGUGUGUGAUCAAUGCUGUGUUUGCCAAGAUCUUGAUCCAGUUUUUUGACACUGCCAGGGUGGAUCGGACUCGGAGCUGGCUCUAUGCUGCUUGUUCUGUCUCCUAUCUGGGCGCCAUGGUCUCCAGCAACUCAGCACUACAGUUUGUCAACUACCCAACUCAGGUCCUUGGUAAAUCCUGCAAGCCAAUCCCAGUCAUGCUCCUUGGAGUGACCCUUUUGAGGAAGAAAUAUCCGAUGGCCAAGUACCUGUGCGUGUUGCUAAUUGUGGCUGGGGUGGCCCUUUUCAUGUACAAACCCAAGAAAGUAGUCGGGAUAGAAGAACACACAGUGGGCUAUGGAGAGCUGCUCCUGCUCUUGUCCCUCACCCUGGAUGGCCUGACCGGCGUUUCCCAGGACCACAUGCGGGCUCACUACCAAACGGGCUCCAACCACAUGAUGCUGAACAUCAACCUCUGGUCAACGUUGCUGCUAGGAGCCGGAAUCCUGUUCACUGGGGAGCUCUGGGAGUUCCUGAGCUUUGCCGAAAGGUACCCCACCAUCGUCUAUAACAUCUUGCUCUUUGGCCUGACCAGUGCCCUGGGUCAGAGCUUCAUCUUCAUGACAGUCGUGUAUUUUGGUCCCCUGACCUGCUCCAUCAUCACCACAACUCGAAAGUUCUUCACCAUUUUGGCCUCUGUGAUCCUCUUCGCCAACCCCAUCAGCCCCAUGCAGUGGGUGGGCACUGUAUUGGUAUUCUUGGGUCUCGGUCUUGAUGCCAAGUUUGGGAAAGGAACCAAGAAGACAUCCCACUAGGAAGAGAGAGACUACCUCCACUCCAAGAAUAUUUAAGUUAUUAUCUCAAACAGUGACAUCUCUUGGAAAAACGGACACAAUAGAGAUAAAGGACUAGGUUUCCGUCUGGGUUUUGGGGGUUUUUUUGUUUGUUUGUUUGUUAUGUUUUGUUUCGUUUUAAAGGAAGCAAAAUCACAUAUUCUAAAAAAAGCAUUUGGAUUUUAACCAGA